CUGGGGGCGUUGAGGCGGAGGAGGGGCGGGUGUGAACCGACAGACCCGUGCGCCGCGCCGCAGCCACUCAGCGAGCGUCCGCGCCCGGGGCAACCGCGAUGGCCGUGCGCUCCCGCCGCCCGUGGAUGAGCGUGGCAUUGGGGUUGGUGCUGGGUUUCACCGCCGCGUCCUGGCUCAUCGCCCCCAGAGUGGCCGAGCUGAGCGAGAGGAAGAGACGCGGUUCCAGCCUCUGCUCCUACUACGGCCGCUCCGCCGCUGGCCCCGGCGCGCAGCAGCCGCUCCCCCAGCCUCAUGCGCGGCCGUGGCCGGAGCAGUCGCCGCCCCCAGCGCGCCAGGAGCUCCAGGGGCCGCAGCUGCCUGAAGCAGCGCCCGGGGGAACCAAUUUUCGGAGCAGCCCCUGGCAGCAGCUACCUCCGCUGCAGCAGCGGCGACGAGGACGCGAGUCGGGAGGCGCGACGGGGCUCCCCGGAGCCCCGGUGGCCGAAGGGGAACCCGAGGAGGAGGACGGGGGUGCGGCCGGGCAGCGGAGAGGCGGCCGGCCCGGGAGUAGCCACAACGGCAGCGGGGACGGGGGCGCCACCGCCCCGAGCUCCCGACCCCGGGAUUUCCUAUACGUGGGGGUGAUGACCGCGCAGAAGUACCUGGGCAGUCGCGCGCUGGCGGCGCAGCGGACCUGGGCGCGCUUCAUCCCCGGCCGCGUGGAGUUCUUUUCCAGCCAGCAGCCUCCCAACGCCGGUCUUGGCCAACCCCCGCCACCCCUGCCUGUCAUCGAGCUACCUGGGGUGGACGACUCCUACCCUCCCCAGAAAAAGUCCUUCAUGAUGAUCAAGUACAUGCACGACCACUACCUGGACAAGUAUGAGUGGUUUAUGCGCGCCGACGACGAUGUCUACAUUAAAGGUGACAAGUUGGAAGAGUUUCUUAGAUCGCUGAAUAGCAGCAAGCCCCUCUACCUGGGUCAGACUGGCCUGGGAAAUAUAGAAGAACUGGGGAAGCUGGGGCUGGAGCCCGGGGAGAACUUCUGUAUGGGAGGACCAGGCAUGAUCUUCAGUCGCGAGGUUCUCAGGAGGAUGGUACCACAUAUUGGUGAAUGCCUCAGAGAAAUGUACACGACUCACGAGGACGUGGAAGUGGGAAGAUGCGUCCGACGUUUUGGUGGGACUCAGUGUGUCUGGUCGUAUGAGAUGCAGCAACUGUUCCAUGAAAAUUAUGAACACAAUCGAAAAGGUUAUAUCCAAGACCUUCACAAUAGCAAAAUCCAUGCAGCCAUAACACUUCAUCCAAACAAAAGACCCGCCUACCAAUACAGGCUUCAUAAUUACAUGCUCAGCCGCAAAAUUUCUGAACUUCGCUACCGCACCAUCCAGCUCCACCGGGAGAGCGCUCUGAUGAGCAAGCUCAGUAACAGCGAAGUGAGCAAAGAAGACCAGCAGCUGGGAGUGAUGCCUUCUUUCAACCACUUCCAGCCUCGAGAGAGAGAUGAAGUGAUAGAAUGGGAGUUCCUGACGGGAAAGCUCCUUUACUCGGCAUCUGAGAACCAGCCUCCUCGACAAAACAUCAACAGCAUUCUGAGAACAGCACUGGAUGACACUGUCCUGCAGGUGAUGGAGAUGAUCAAUGAGAAUGCCAAGAGUAGAGGACGGCUCAUUGACUUCAAGGAAAUUCAGUAUGGCUACCGCAGGGUUGAUCCCAUGCAUGGGGUGGAGUACAUUUUGGAUUUACUCCUUUUAUACAAAAGACACAAAGGGAGGAAACUGACUGUCCCAGUAAGACGUCAUGCCUAUCUCCAGCAGCUGUUCAGCAAGCCUUUCUUUAGAGAAAUUGAAGAGCUGGAUGUCAACACUCUUGUAGAGAGCAUUAACAGUGACACGCAGUCAUUCUCCUUUAUAUCUAAUUCUUUAAAGAUACUAUCUUCUUUUCAAGGUGCCAAAGAAAUGGGAGGGCACAGUGAAAAGAAAAUACACAUUCUUGUUCCUCUCAUUGGAAGGUAUGACAUUUUUUUGCGAUUCAUGGAGAACUUUGAAAACACUUGUCUUAUCCCAAAGCAGAAUGUAAAGCUGGUCAUCAUCCUUUUCAGUAAGGAUUCUGGCCAAGAUUCCUCCAAGCAUAUUGAGCUGAUACAGGAAUAUCAAAACAAGUACCCUAAAGCAGAAAUGACCCUGAUCCCCAUGAAGGGGGAGUUUUCCAGAGGUCUUGGUCUUGAAAUGGGAUCUUCCCAGUUUGACAAUGAUACUUUGCUGCUAUUUUGUGAUGUUGACUUGAUCUUCAGAGGAGACUUUCUCCAACGAUGUAGAGACAAUACAAUUCAGGGACAACAGGUGUAUUACCCCAUCAUCUUUAGCCAGUAUGACCCAAAGGUAACCUACGGGGGAAAUCCUCCUCCUGAUGAUGACUUUGCCUUCUCAAAGAAGACUGGAUUUUGGAGAGACUAUGGAUAUGGAAUUACCUGUAUUUAUAAAAGUGAUCUUCUGGGUGCAGGUGGAUUUGAUACCUCAAUACAAGGCUGGGGACUGGAAGAUGUAGAUCUCUACAAUAAAGUUAUUCUAUCUGGCUUAAGGCCCUUCAGAAGUCAAGAAGUAGGAGUGGUGCAUAUUUUCCAUCCGGUUCAUUGUGACCCUAACUUGGACCCUAAGCAGUAUAAGAUGUGCUUAGGAUCCAAGGCAAGUACUUUCGCCUCAACCAUGCAACUGGCCGAACUGUGGUUGGAAAAACACUUGGGUGUCAGGUACAAUCGAACUCUCUCCUGACAGUCCAGGCAACACAUUUUGCCUUUUUAAAGGGGAGUUUACCUCAUUGUUGGUUGUUGUUAUUUUUAUUUUAUUAUUAUUUUUAUUAUUAUAAUUAUUAUUGUUAUAAUUUUAUUUUGUUGUCCUGGUCUUAAACUACUCUUGGUUGUCUUCCAAAGGGUGUUUGUUGACCUCAAACAAGAAGAGUCUGCAGUUCACUGAUAUUUCAGAUUUCUACUGAAGUCAAUGUGUGUAUUACUUUUGUAUAUCGUUAUUUGAGAUUGAGUUAAAUCGUGGCAAUCAAAUGACUUUUGAAGCUCAUUCAUCACGAGAGACAGCUUAGAAGAAUGUUCUCUUGGGGCUUAAAGAUGCAAUAUCGACUUUUCUUUUGUUUGUCAAAUUCAAUGUGAUACGAAUAUUUACUGGUGAAAGGUACCACAAAAGUGCUUUAUGCUUCCUUGAGGAAGGGACUCUGUAACAUAAACUUGAGUUUUGUAAUUUAUACAAGGACUUAAAUAUAUAGACAAUAAUUUUCUUCAUCUUUAGAAUUUUUAAAGUAAAUGAACACUUAUGAUUGUAUGUUUAUUUUUUAAAAAAAGUUUUAAAAAUUGAGGAGUUUUGUUCCACAAGCAACCGGUACUGGCUACCCUGGUCUUAUGACAAUUAUGUGCUCCUCACAACUGUCUGCUAUAAAUGCGAAUGAACUUUAUUUUCUCAAGGAAAUAUGAUUUAAUUAAAUAUUCAUGUACAUUUUAGAAGCUUUAUGAAACAAUGUCCUUCAUUUGCUGGCAAGAAGAUAAACUAUGACAGAACCUGGUUAUUUAUAAUAAAACACAGGUAUAACAGUAUUCUUUUUCAAAAACACUGAACAAUGUGUGUUGUUUCCUUUUAGUCAUAUUUGAUGUAUUUACUGGUCAUAGUCACCAACACGUGCUUGCUACACAGGCUGGAAAAGUUAAUAAGAGACACGGGCGUGCUAUUUGUAUCAUCAGGCUUUAAGAUCUAGCCUUCAUCAGUGAUGAAAAUGAGCCGUUUUAUAUUUAGUCAUUUACAGUCCAGGGUAAGUAUUCUUCCUCAGUCUCAGCUUCAUGAUCACACGGAAGCACAAACAGGUCAGAAAUGGUCUUUAAUAUGGGUUGGAAGAUGACGCAAAGAUACAAAGACAAAUGGGGGAAAUUGUGAAUAUAAAAUUAGUUUUAUGACUGUAAUAUUGCAGUUUGUGGAACACAGGGAAAUAUCAUUUAAUUUCAUAUAUCGUUCUUCUUUAAAACUGACUCAUUGGUGCCCAGUUUGUGAAAAAAAUAUAAUCUUAUUCAAGAAAUGUAAGAAAAAAGUGAAAAUCUGUACAAGAAGAUCUUAGGAGGGCGUAUUUUUAAAAUUUCAUUUUGUAAAUAGGGAAUGCCUUUGCAUAGUUCCCAAAUCAAACACAAAUUUUAAAUAUCUGUAGCUGUCAGUCUCACUCCCUCUUCCCCCACACCUGUCCUCAGUCCCACGUAAUCGCCAUUGUAAGUGUCUGUAUGUCUGUGUGCAUGGCUUUCUAAUGUUUCAUAAGCAGAAAAGACAUUAGUUUUUCACAUUUUGUACACACGGUUCUACCCUUUGGUUUUCUUUUAUAACAUAAGAACACUAAAAUUUGCAUCAAAACUGAUUUGAAGGCUGUGUUAAGUUGUUAUCAUUAUUUGGAACUGAUUGCCAGGAGGCCGUCUAGCAUUUGCCUUAGUACUGAGUUCCUUACAUGGUAACAAUCUCAUUUAGUGAAGACAUUUUGGAUCAGCAACACCAUGGGAGCGCUAGGGCACGGGAUUGGUCCCCGGCCAGGUACAGGGGGUUAAGGAUCUGAUGUUGCCACAGCUGCAGCUUAGUUAAUGGCUGUGGCUCAGCUCUGAUCCCUGGCCCAGGAGUACCACAUGCUGUAGGGCAGCCAAAAAUAAAAAUAAUGGUAAUAAUAAUAUUGCUUAAUAUUGUGGCCAAGUAUCAUCCAUGGAACUUUCUUUGACUAAAAACACAUAAUCUUCAUAAUGUUAAGAUUCAUUGGAAAGGAAUUAAUGGCACUUUAGAUGGUAAAAAUCUUGACAAGGCCAACAGUUCAGACUUGAUCUCUGCUCUCAUGUUGUCUCCAGCCUUCAGUCUAAUAGCUUAUUUUCCUACUUUAUGUUUCUUAGCUCCUUUGCAAGUUGUAUUUUGCUGACAGUAAAUAUAUUAACAUUCAAUAAAGAUAGUCAUUGGGGAAGAUCUAUUACUAAAUAAUAGUCAUUAAUGAUUUUAUUGAUGGAGAAAAGACAUCAGGGUCUGUUCUUUAACUUAAAUGAC